AUGAGAAAUGUAAAGGGUUUUGACUUAUUUAGAAAAUCACUUGGCAUCUCUGAGCAGACUUCAUUAGGAGGAAUAAUCACGCUUAUUGCAUUCACUGCUAUGGGCUUUUUAUUUUCAUCAGAGCUCUUUUACUAUCUAGAGAAUACCAUCAAUAAAGAAACCAUGAUCGAUCAAGAUAGAGGUGCUAAAUUGCUUCCAAUAAAUAUAAACAUUACUUUAUACAGGGCUCCCUGCCUUACAGUAAGCUUAGAUCAGCUAGAUAGCUUAGGGAAUCAUGUUGUUGACGUUGGUGGUGCCUUAACAAAGACUCGUCUUGAUAAAAACGGCAAUCGAAUAUAUGAGAAAUUGCCUGAACUUAGUCAGAGCGCUGCAAUAAAAAUGACUGAUGAUGAAGAAGGUUGUGAGCUCUCAGGCAAUUUCUCAGUGACCAAAACUCCUGGAAAUUUUCAUAUAAGUUUUCAUGCAGCACAUGAAAUUAUGAUAAGGCUUCCAUAUCUGAAUUUGAAGAAGCAGAUAAUAAUAAUAAAAUGGCUAUAUAAGGAAACUUUUCCUCCUCCGCAAAUUUUAUUAUUAUGGGGUUCGGUUUGCCUGGUGUUGGUGAACAUUUAUCAACAAUGCCAGAUAUGGCUUUCGUAUAAGGUAAGUCACUUGGCCCAGGAUUUUUAGGACGCAUAGGAGUUUUACUGCUUGAAAUAUUUGAGGAGGGCGACCCUUAGGCGGAGCAUGCGCAGGAGUCAAGUCUGGAGUGAGGCCAAUGCAAUCAGUGGAGGCUUUCUAGCCCUUUUGGCGGGACUUCUGAUAUGCUUGCUGCACAAGAUGAUUCUCGAUGCCAUAACUGGGAUUUAAAAGAGAGGUUUUGAUAUUGCACCCUGCAAAAGAGAGUGCCACUUAAAAAAUCUGACUCCCCCCCCUUUAAAUUGGAACUAAAAAUUUGUUCCAAUUUAAAAGGGGGGUUGAGAAAAUUUUUUUUUAAAAAAAAAUCAUUAUAAAAUUUUUUAUAAAAAACAAAUUUUUAUAUAUAAAAUUUUAAAAAAAAAAAAUUCAAAAAUUUAUCGAAUUAGAUUAAUAAAUUUGUUUAAUAAAAUGCUAUUUACUCUUUAUCCUUUAAAACAAACCAAGAUAUAACUAAAAUUUUAUUAUUAAUUAAUACGCCACUAUUAAUUGGUAUCAAAACUAUUUAAACAAAAAUUAUUAUUUUUAUUGAUAAAAAAAAAUUUAAAAAAAAAACAAUUUUAGAAAAUUUAUUAAUCAAAGUGCUAAUUUUGUUUAAAUAAAAUGUUAUUUAUACUCUAUUCUUUAAAAUAAAGCAAGAGAUAAGUAAAUUUUGAAUUUUUGUAAAGAAUUCGUAUUGAAUUUAUAUCAAAGCUAUUUAAAUAAAAAAUAUCAUUUUUAUCAAAAAAAAAAUAAAAUUUUUUUUUAAAAUUUUUUAAAAAUUUACAAUUAAGGAUAAUAAAUUUAUUUAAAUAAGAUGUUCUUUAUACUCUAUUCUUUAAAUAAGAGCAGGAUAUAACUAAAUUUUUAAUUUUAGUUAAGAAGAAAUAUUUAAAUUAUAUCAAAACUUUUUACAUAAAAAUUAUGAUUUAUAUAUAUAAAAUUUUUUAUUAUAAAAUUAAAUUUUGUUCCAAUUUAAAGGGGGGUUAAAUUACCAAAAAAGUGGAAAUUUUACCUAUAUUUUGUUCCAAUUUAAAGGGGGGGGGAGUGAGUAAUAAUGCUAAAUGUUAAUGAAUUAAGGAAGCACAAAUUAAGCCAUCGCAUUAAUCAUUUAAGUUUUGGAAAAGAACAAAAAAAUCAUUAUAUUUAUUCAAUUUUUGGCAAUGGAGAACAGACAAACUUUGCUCCAUAUGAUGGACUUGUAAAGAAGGAUGUAGAAGGAAGCGUGAUAAAGUAUGAGUAUAACAUGAAAGUAAUCCCAGUUCAGUAUUAUGAUGAAGCGUCAGGGGAAGAGCUAAAUAGUUACCAAUAUUCUAUGGUUGGAUCUUCUGAGCCACUUAAUAAUGGAUUCGGAAUUAUUUAUUUUAUGCUCUUCAUAGGCAAAUUUACUUACAAAUUUCAUGAAUUAUUAAUUUUUAAUAAAAAUUGCUGUUUCAUUUAUGAUUUUUCUUGUAUGCCUACCCAUUUAAGUAUAGAUAUGAUGUGGAUAGUGUAACUAUGAGAUACACAAGAGUCACGAAAUCAUUAACCAGCCUUCUUGUCUCAAUGAGCGCCAUCCUAGGAGGAAUUUUUGCAGUCUUAGGGAUCAUUCAUUCAGCAAUGCAAGAAGCAUUAAGGAAAACUAACUAA